AAGCGAUAACUUAGUUAUUGUAGGUCACACGUAUCUCUUCACUCGUUUCAACGCAAUAUCUUUUUAUAUAUAUAUAUAUUGCUACGUUGUUAGCCUUCAAUAUAUUGUAAUUGAAACCGUUGAGCAGUAUACUCAAUCUUUUAGUUCUUGAAAUAAAUGUAAAAUUUUUAUUCAAAAUGUUUACUGAACUUUUACCAUUUUGGACGAAAUACUGGUACCAUAUACUGUUUAGUAUCAUACUUUACAUUUUUUUGUCAUUAUCUUAUGAAGUGUUAAAAAAGGGCACUAUUUUUAUUCAAAACAAAAGACAUAAUUUCAACAUUUUGGAUAAUACCAUGGAGCAGUUAGAGGACAUUAAUCAGGAAACACUAGAAAAUAGCGAUGAACCUGUACUAACAACAAAUUUAAAACAUAUCCCUUAUGUAUAUAAGAGACCCUCUGAAGAAGAGAUACUCUGUCGAGCUUCUGAGUUUUAUAAAAUAGUAGCUGCUAGGAGAAGUAUAAGAUUUUUCAGUCCUGACCCUGUACCAAAAGAAGUCAUACAUGAGAUAAUAAAAGCUGCAGGCACUACGCCUAGUGGUGCACAUACAGAACCAUGGACAUUCGUAGCGGUAUCAAAUCAGAAGGUGAAAGAACAAAUACGUCUUAUCGUCGAAAGUGAAGAAGAAAUAAACUAUAAAAAAAGAAUGGGAGUAAAAUGGACAACUGAUUUACUUCCAUUAAGAACAAAUUGGAUUAAAGAAUACCUGACUACCGCUCCUUAUUUAAUAUUUGUGUUUAAGCAAAUUUAUGGAAUUUUACCAAAUGGAAAUAAGAAAAUUCAUUACUAUAAUGAAAUGAGCACAUCUAUUGCUUGUGGUAUUCUCAUCACUGCUAUACAGUAUGCAGGUUUGGUAACUCUGACUUCUACUCCUUUAAACUGUGGACCUGCCAUCCGCAACCUUCUUGGACGUCCUCCUAAUGAAAGGCUUGUUGUACUACUGCCAGUUGGUUAUCCAGCAAAGGAUGCUACAGUGCCUGACCUUCGGCGAAAACCUCUAUCUGAUAUUUUAAUAGAAAUUGAUUGACACAUAUGUAAUGAAAAAUUAUGGGAAACAAAGUACCUCUGUUUAAUACUUUGUCAGAAUAUUUGCUUACUUA